UGGUUAGUAAAUAUAAGAGUACUGUUCUUCUAGUACAGAGAUGAAGUUAUAUGUAUGUACACUCUACAGAGAUAACUAAAGCUAAAUCAGAAGCUAAAUCAAGCUUGUUUAAAAGAGAAAAAUAAACUAAUAGAAGUCAAGCAAGGAAGUUUGUGCAAAACAUUGCCAAGAGUUUAUAUUUGGAAUCUUAUAGGAGAGUCACUAAGAGUCUCGAAACAAAGAAAAGCGUCUCCACUCGGACAAAUCUAUUCGUUCAAAGUAAUUCAAACAGUACACCUCUUGGAGGCAACACUAAGAGUGGAGCAUUCGUUACGGAUAAGUGAAUAAAAAAAAGGUAAGUAAGUAAAACUCAGAUUUAGUGGAACAAGGACCCUGAAGGAGGAAAAUAAGUGAAGUAAGAUGAGAAGUUUUUCCAAAAAUCAUAAAUCCUGAUAAGAUAAGGUAUAGAAAUCGCAGUAGCGCGUAGCCGUCUGAAUGCUUUAUAAAUCUCGUCCCGCAGCGUGUGACAAGAUGACAAAUGAGAAAAAUAAAUAUGAUAAAUUUAGAAUUACAUAACGCAGCGAAUAAUCUAACAUUCAUCUGUUAGAAACAAAACGUUCAAGAAGCUAGUAACAUUGUUCGUUUUAUGAGAAGUGAAAUACUGUAAGCUAAUGGCAGAGAACGGUAGCAUCAAAAACCUGUCAGCGGAAAGCAGCCCGAGGAAGCUUCUUUACUAUCACCGGUACUCGUUCUACUCGCAAAAGGUUUUACUGGCUAUCAACGAGAAGAGAUUAUUGAUUGAUCUUUACGAGAUUGACUUUGCGAAUAAUGAGCAGUGUAGUGCUUGGUUUCUUCAAUUAGCAUCACGCGGUGACGUUCCUGUCUUGAAGGAUGGUGAUAAGAUCAUUGACGAUGCUACGCCGAUAAUCGAUCAUCUUGAAGCAGGUUAUCCUGAUGCAUAUUCGUUGCUACCAAGUGAUCCUACCGAGAAGCAUAGAAUACUGGAGUUGAGAAGGAUCCUGGAUCAACUUCCUGGUAACACACUGACGGUUGGCUCUUUCCGUCAUACGAAAUUUGUCGAUCGGCCUCGUGUUCCGUUUAUUAAUCCCGUGAGGUGGCUUCUUCUACGUGUUGAAUCCGAGAGUGCUGUGGCUUUGAGAAUCAAUGCCAAUUCUAUUCCUGCUGCUCGGGCUAUACUCGAGAGAAAAGCUGCGGCUAUGGAGAAGUCCCACGACGUUCUCGCCGAUGAGAACAAGUUUAACGACCUUUUGGUAAGAGUGGAGCACACUUUCGAGAAGAUAGAGGACGCGCUGAAGAAGGGACCGUGGCUGGGAGGUGACCUCUUUACUGUUGCUGAUAUCUCGUUAGCUAUAUUAUUGGAAAGAUUAACUGCGGUAGGACUGGAUACAAGACUCUGGGGAAACAAACCAUUGAUAGGAAGAUACUAUGACAGACUCCAGGAACGCGAAAGCGUCCAGGCUGCUGUACCGAAAGGAUGGAUAAAUGUGGUCGCUUUAAUACCUUGGAGAAAACCUGCUGUGAUAUCUGGACUCGCCGGACUCGCGUUACUGAUCACGGUUUUUGCGCUUAGAAAAAAAAUACUUAACUGACUUGUGUAAAAUUAUUUUUACCGCGAUAUCGCUCGUUCUUAAUUACUUAUCUGUUAAUCUCGUCGAGAGUUUUCAAGUAGCUGCGAGAAAAAUUAAACAUUUAAUACGUUUAAUUAAGUCAGAUUGACUUAAUCAUUUACUUCACUAGUACUUAUUGUACUUUUGAAAUAUUUAAGUUAAAAAUAUUUUAAGUGGUAUGUUGUGCCAUAGUUAAGUUACGUAAAUAUAGUUUACAAUGGAAUAUAAAAAAAACGUGAUAAAAUCUAAUAUAUCUUUUAUAUUCCUAUCGGCACGUUUCUCUUUUUCUUGGUUUUUGAAAAUACUCAUGUACAUAUGUAGUCUAUAUGACUGGUUUAUCCACUCAGAAACUGCAAAAAAACUAAGGUGUUAUCACAGAUCACGACAAGAAUACAAUAUUAUAGGAGUUCUUUUUUAUACAGAACUUUUAGUAAAAAACAAGCAGAAUGUAACAUCCCCAAAAUUUGAAGUAGAAACAAUAAAUAAAAGAAUUGAAAUAUUCGGAUACUGUCAAUAAUUGAAGAAAAGUUAAUAAUAUAAAUAGAAAUAUGAGCACCAGCAAUCGUAUAAGAAACGUAAAAUAUUGCAUAUGAACAGAUAAGUAUUAAACAAAUAUAAAACAACAGUUACAUAAUCAGGAAUGUCGUAAUUAUCUAUUCAGAGAUGUAACAGUUAAAUAAAUGACGUAUUUUAUGCAUAUUACAUCUUUGAGUAUGAAAGUAUAACAUUAAAGGUAACUAAUUGUUAACUGUGACUUUGUGUUUACUGGUUAUACAAUGGCUACUACGUAUUAAAUAAUUCGCAUAUAUUUCUGAGAAGCCUAUCUCUUAUUUAUUGUAACAAAAAUAAUUUUAUUAUCAUGAAAUACAUGCGAGAUAUAUUGUAUCAUAAAAA